AAUUCCCGAUUUUUUUUUUUGUUUUCCAAAAGAGAACAAAUUGGAAAUUCCCUCAUCUUCAUCUUCAUCUUCAUCUUCAUCUUCUUCUGGUUUCUCUCAACCCUCAUCCAUGGCUUCCCUUCUGAGCCACGGCGUCUCCCCCUUACCUCCUCAACCCACUCGCGACCUCAACCUCCGCAAACCCCACCUCCACCCAAACCUCCCAAUCUCCUCCCCCCGCCACCACCACAAACCCCUCCUCCGAGUCCGCGCCGACGCCUCUACCACCGCCUCACCCACCUCCUCCGACGACAAAAUCCGCGAGAUCCUCCGCAACCGCGACUACGACAAGAAAUUCGGCUUCACCAUCGACAUCGACUCCUUCUCCAUCCCCAAGGGUCUCUCCAUGGAAACAAUCCGAUUGAUCUCCACUCUCAAACAAGAACCCGAUUGGAUGCUCGAGUUCCGAUUGAAGGCACUGGAGAAAUUUCUCGCCAUGAAAGAGCCUCAAUGGUCUGACAACACCUACCCCACCAUCGAUUUGCAGAACAUCUGCUACUACUCCGCACCCAAGAAGAAACCCUCGUUGAAUUCGCUCGAUGAGGCUGACCCUGAGCUUCUCCGGUACUUCGAUAAGCUCGGGGUUCCGCUCAACGAGCAGAAUCGGUUGGCCAACGUCGCCGUGGACGCUGUCCUUGACAGCGUCUCCAUCGCCACCACCCAUAGAAAAACGCUGGAGAAAGCAGGGGUGAUUUUCUGUUCAAUCUCUGAUGCUAUCAAGGAGUACCCUGAUUUGGUUAGGAAGUCGUUAGGGAAAGUGGUGCCGGCGGAGGAUAACUACUAUGCGGCGUUGAACGCGGCGGUUUUCAGUGAUGGGUCGUUUUGUUACAUUCCGAAGGACACUGUUUGCCCUAUGCAGAUUUCAACUUACUUCAGGAUCAACGCGUUGGAGACAGGGCAGUUUGAGAGGACUUUGAUUGUGGCGGAUGAUCGGAGUUCUGUGGAGUAUUUGGAAGGUUGCACUGCGCCUUCUUAUGAUAGGAACCAGCUUCAUGCGGCGGUUGUGGAGCUGUAUUGUGGGGAAGGUGCUGAGAUUAAGUACUCCACUGUGCAGAAUUGGUAUGCUGGGGAUGAGGAAGGGAAGGGUGGGGUGUACAAUUUUGUGACCAAGAGAGGGUUGUGUGCUGGGGCGGGGUCGAGGAUAUCGUGGACGCAGGUGGAGACGGGUUCCGCGAUUACUUGGAAGUACCCGAGUGUUGUUUUGGAAGGGGAUGGGAGUGUGGGGGAGUUUUACUCUGUUGCCUUGACGAAUAAUUAUCAGCAGGCGGAUACCGGGACCAAGAUGAUACACAAGGGGAAGAAUACCAGGAGCAGGAUUAUAUCCAAGGGUAUAUCGGUUGGGAAUUCCAGGAACUGUUAUAGAGGGCUUGUUCAGGUUCAGCCUAAGGCGGAGAAUGCUCAGAACAAAUCUCAGUGUGAUUCAAUGCUCAUUGGUGAUAAAGCAGCUGCCAAUACCUAUCCUUACAUUCAGGUGAAAAAUCCAACCGCAAGAAUUGAACAUGAAGCUAGUACGUCCAAAAUUGGUGAAGAUCAAUUAUUUUACUUUCAACAAAGGGGAAUAGACUAUGAAAAAGCAAUGGCUGCUAUGAUUUCUGGAUUUUGCCGUGAUGUCUUUAAUGAACUUCCUGAUGAAUUUGGUUCUGAGGUGAACCAACUCAUGAGCUUGAAGCUUGAGGGAUCAGUAGGCUAAACAGCUUGGUUGGCAUCUCUUUUUGGAAUUUGCUCGGGCUAUUAGGAAGGAUAUGGAAGUCCUACAUGAUGUAUAUUAGGAAAGAUAUGUACACAAUGUAUAUAGAUUUUGCCUUGAGCUGUAUCGCAAAGUUCCAUGAAACAUGUUUUAUGAGUUUUUAAACCUUAAUAUAUCUGUAACACCAUAAUUUUGUAUGUUGUCGUUUCACUCUGGAUUUUCUCUUCA